GGGGGUGAAGCAGGAAGAUUAAGAGUUUGAGGCUAGUCUGGGAUAUAUAGCAAGACCAUGUCUCAAAUAGAGAAAAAAAAAGAAUGAUGAAAAUAUGAUAUUUUUUUUCUAGCUAAAUGGUAGUUUUUUAAAUUUUCUUUUUAUGCUUCAAAUUUUAGAAAUAUGGAAAACUGACAACUUGUACUGGUUGCCGAACACAGUGCAGGUUUUUUGAUAUGACUCAGUGUAUAGGUCCUAAUGGAUAUAUGGAGCCAUAUUGUUCAACUGCUUGCAUGAACAGUCACAAGACAAAAUAUGCAAAAUCGCAAAGUUUGGGAAUUAUUUGCCAUUUUUGUAAGCGAAACUCUUUACCUCAGUACCAAGCCACAAUGCCUGAUGGAAAACUGUAUAACUUUUGCAAUUCCAAUUGUGUGGCUAAAUUUCAGGCUUUAAGCAUGCAGUCAUCUCCAAAUGGCCAGUUCGUAGCACCAAGUGAUAUUCAGUUGAAAUGCAACUAUUGCAAAAAUUCCUUUUGUUCAAAACCAGAAAUCCUGGAAUGGGAGAACAAAGUGCAUCAGUUCUGCAGCAAAACUUGUUCAGAUGACUAUAAGAAGUUGCAUUGCAUAGUUACAUAUUGUGAAUACUGUCAAGAGGAGAAGACUCUUCAUGAAACAGUAAAUUUCUCUGGCGUUAAGAGACCUUUCUGUAGUGAAGGCAAGUGUACAUGCAGUGUUGUUCAUAACUUUUAUUGAUAAUUAAUGUUUUUAUGCUAAAAUUCUUAAAAAUAAAUAAGUACAUA